CGAACCGGCGGCGGCCGGCGGGGGACGGAUCGCUGCAGCGCCCACCCUGUGCCGGAGACCAGGUAAAUUGACCCUUGAACAACAGGGAUUUGAACUGCGCUGGUCCACUUCUACAGGGAUUUUUUUCAAUAAAUACAUACUAGAGCACUACACAAUCUGUGGUUGGUUGAAUCUGGAUACGGAACCUCAGAUACAGAGGAACUGCGGGUACAGAGGGCCGACUAUAAGGAGUCACUUUUAAGAUGUGAUGCUUUCCUGUGAAACCUUAGACACAGGAAUCUUGGAAACCAAAGGACUCUAGGACUCUGUGCCAAUAGAGCUGCUUUAUAAUCCAGAGUCUGCUCUACCUCUCUUCGUUUGUAUUGCCUUCAAAUAUCACACUUCAAGCAAUAGUGACAAGGUUUAACAAUAUCACACAUAAUCCAAAGAAAUCUGUUCAAGAGAGCAUCUGUCAACAGGUUACUUGAAUUCCAAAUAGAGGAGUGGAAAUGCCACCCCCAGCAGGCUCCCCACCGCCGCAUCCACCUCCUGAUGGAGGAUGGGGCUGGGUAGUGGUUGGAGCAGCUUUUAUCUCCAUUGGAUUUUCAUAUGCAUUUCCCAAAGCUGUCACAGUUUUCUUCAAAGAAAUUCAGCUAAUAUUCAACACUACCUACAGUGAAAUAGCAUGGAUAUCAUCCACUAUGCUAGCUGUUAUGUACGCAGGAGGUCCCAUAAGUAGUGUUUUGGUGAAUAAAUACGGUAGCCGGCCAGUGGUGAUGGUAGGAGGUUUGUUAUGCUGUUUGGGAAUGGUCACAGCCUCUUUUAGUACCAGCGUAAUAGAGCUUUACAUCACCAUGGGAUUCAUUUGUGGUUUAGGUCUAGCCUUCAACCUGCAACCCGCCUUAACAAUCCUUGGCAAGUACUUCUAUAAGAAACGGCCUAUGGCGAGUGGCCUCGCAAUGGCAGGAAGUCCUGUUUUCCUAAGUACACUGGCUCCUUUCAAUCAGUACCUCUUUAAUACUUAUGGCUGGAAAGGAAGCUUCUUGAUUUUGGGAGGUUUACUGUUGAACUCCUGUGUGGCUGGGUCCCUUAUGAGACCUGUUGGACCCAAACUAACUACUAAGAAGUCUAAACAAAAGGCUGGUGAAAAAGUGACUGAUCCAGGCAUGAAGAAAAGACAUAGGAAGAAAUCAAUAUGCGCAAAAAUUGAUAAGUAUUUAGAUUUCUCUCUUUUUAAGCACAGGGGAUUUCUGAUAUACUUAUCUGGAAAUGUCAUUAUGUUUCUGGGGUUCUUUGCCCCCAUUAUAUUCUUGGCUCCAUAUGCUAAAGACAAAGGAAUUGAUGAAUAUUCUGCAGCUUUCUUGCUGUCUGUUAUGGCUUUUGUUGAUAUGUUUGCCAGACCUACUGUAGGAUUCAUUGCAAACUCCAAAUUAAUCCGACCCCGAAUCCAGUACUUCUUCAGUUUUGCGAUUUUGUUCAAUGGAGUGUGUCAUCUCCUGUGCCCGUUGGCUGAGGACUACACAAGCCUGGUGGUGUAUGCUGUAUUUUUUGGCCUUGGAUUUGGGAGCGUUAGCAGUAUCCUCUUUGAAAGUCUCAUGGACCUUGUUGGCGCUCAAAGAUUUUCCAGUGCUGUGGGUCUCGUCACAGUUGUGGAGUGUUGCCCCGUCCUUCUUGGUCCUCCUCUUGCUGGUAAACUGGUGGAUGAAACUGGACAAUAUAAAUACAUGUAUGUGGCCUGUGGAGCUAUUGUAGUCCUAGCCAGCGUGUGGCUGCUCAUUGGCAAUGCUAUCAACUACAGACUGCUCGCAAAGGAAAAGCUGAAAGAGACAACGAAGAAAACACAUACACCUGAGUCCCAAGAAUCUGAAUCCUUGAAGCCAUCUAAAAGUCCUGAUGUUAGUGUCAAAAGUCAAACGGCAAAAGGAUCAGGGGUUAAUCCCUCAGAAAGAGAAACUAAUAUCUAACAAGAAUCACAUCUCUCAUUUCAGUGUUUAUGACUUUCUUACGAGUAUUUUUUUUCCAACAUAUUAGAAGGUUUUUAGUUGAAAUGAGGAGUCAUAAGUAAGUAUGGAAAAGAGAUUUUCCUUAAUGGCAAAAUUUUAAAAAGUUUGUUUUGUAAAAUUUAUUUGGGCAGUUAAAAUUUGAGAUUAUGCAUAUAAAGAAUUCAUGCAAUGGGCUUAUGUCCAUACAUGACUCUGGCUGCGGUGGUUAAAAUGAUUUUAAAGUCUUCCAGUGACUUCCAUCUUGGUUAUAGAGAUCUGAAUCCCAAACCACUGGAUUAACUAGUUAGAAGGAGUAUGUUUAAUCCUGUUAAGACUAUCCUCUCCACAUUUCAUUUUUUAUUUGAUAUUAAAGGGUGAAAUGGAAUUGAAGGAAAUGAAUUUUACCCGAACAUACACACACUGACACUCACACACUACUUUACAGUGUGGAUUUUAAAGAUAAGAACAUGGGUGAAAAUGAGGGUGGCCUUAAUUUGAAAAUACAACUAACUGCUGCAAAAAAAAAGCAUAUGCAUAUAUGAAAUAAAUUUGAAAAAAACUCCAUUUUAAACUAUUAUUUCUGAGCAUUGUCUGAUUUGAUUCAUGCAUGCAUGUGAUUUCUUUGAGGAGGACCACAAGUACCUGGUGCUAGUGAAUAGAACCCUCAAAUAAUUUUCGGAAUUUACUAAUAUGUAAAUCAAAUUAAAAGCCUAAAUGAC